CCUGUCAGCAGCUGAUUCAAUUCAAUUCUCGCCUAUGAUAGUUCUUUCGAAAGAAUCUAAUUAAUAGGGUUUCGAAACGGCCUGUGUAGUCCAAAGACAGUCAUACGGCAUCUCAUAGGUUCAUCAGGAUGUCUGUACACAAAUUUCUUUUUUCCGCUUGUCAAAGUUGGUGCGAUCAUCAUGUCUCGGCCCUAGGUGAAAAUUCGGUCUCUGACAAAAGCCCACGGAAGCCAAGCACACCUCGUCCCUUCACCUCAUCAAAUUCAACUCCAUGCUUGCCUAGUCCAAUUGGCCGGUACAUACCACCAAAAAAUAUCUGUGAAUCUAUCAAUGGAAGCUCGGGGCUCUUGUUGGUUCUCGAAGCGCCGAAUCCAACGUUUUUGUUGAGGUCAGGACUAGGCCAGUUAGAGGUACAAGGGGAAGGCCAUUAUGAUCGAAAUCGUGCUCUUUAUUUGCGAUACUGUUCUCAUCACUGGUGCUGCUGAGCGUUGACCCUGUUACACACGGUUCCACUACUCUCCUCAGUAUCAGGCCGAACAGGGUGCUUCCAGGAUUCGAUUACAGUAACCUCCGGGACAGACGGGAAGGUAAAUGCUCGUCUUUUUAUGUAUUUUAGGAAUACCUAUCUAAGUUGCUAG